CCCCCGCCCCGCUCCGGGCCGGGCGCUCCCCGCUGUCCGGUCCCGCACUCUGCGUUCGGCCGGGCUGACAGCUGCGAGGGGAGCGGGGACAGACAUGGGGACGUGGAUCCUGCUGCUGUUCUGCUGGGCCCUGCUGGGAGCAGCCAGCGCUGAGCCUCCCAAGGAGCACGACCCCUUUAACUACGACUAUCAAUCCCUGAGAAUUGGAGGCCUCAUAUUCGCCGUCAUCCUCUUUCUGCUGGGAAUCCUCAUCAUCCUCAGUCGACGCUGCCGUUGCAAAUUUAACCAGCAACAAAGGACUGGUGAGCCGGACGAGGAGGAAGGGCCUCUCCGAAGCUCCAUUCGCCGUUUGUCCACCCGGAUGAGAUAGGCGGGCCCAGAGGCUGGUCUCCCCAAGGCGCAGACCCCUCCCUGGAUAUGAAGAGUGACCCCCUCUUCCCCCGUCCCAUGCUGCAUAGCCGUAGCACUUAGCCUAGACCAGGCCCCCGCGCUCUGAUCGCAGCCUGCAGAAUCUGAGCCAGCCAGCAGGGGGCAGUAGGGACACACACCCCCAACAGGUCUGAUCCCCUCCAACAGGGGGCAGAAGGGACACACACACACACACACACACACAUACACACACACACACACACAGAGCGCAGGGCUUGUCCCCUCCAGCAGGGGGCAGUAGGGACAUACACACACGCGCAGCAGGUCUGAUCCCCUCCAACAGGGGGCAGUAGGGACACACACACACACACACACACACACACACAGAGCGCGCAGGGCUUGUCCCCUCCAGCAGGGGGCAGUAGGGACAUACACACACGCGCAGCAGGUCUGAUCCCCUCCAACAGGGGACAGUAGGGACACACACACACACACACACACACACACAGAGCGCGCAGGGCUUGUCCCCUCCAGCAGGGGGCAGUAGGGACAUACACACACGCGCAGCAGGUCUGAUCCCCUCCAACAGGGGGUAGUAGGAACACACACACACACGGCAGGUCUGAUCCCCUCCAACAGGGGGCAGUAGGGACACGUACACACACACACACACAAACACACACGGCAGGUCUCAUCCCCUCCAACAGGGGGCCUCCGAGAGACACACACAGCACAGGACUUGUCCCCUCCAACAGGGGGCAGUAGGGACACACACACACACACACACACACUCACUCACAGCAGGUCUGAGCCCCUCCAACAGGGGGCAGCCAGGACACACACACACACACAGAGUGCAGGGCUUGUCCCCUCCAGCAGGGGGUGGCAGGGAUGGACAGACAGACACACACCUGGCAGGUCUGAUCUCCUCCAGCAGGGACACACAGAGCAGGGCCUGUCCCCAGCAGCAGGGGGACCCCCCCACACUCUAGGGGUGCUGCCUUUGUGGGCUCUGGGCAGCGGUGCCAAGAGCCCUGUGUGUGAGGGGUGCAGGGAGGGGUGACUGUGGGGGGCGGCUAGGGUGACCAGAUGUCCCGAUUUUAUAGGGACAGUCCCGAUUUUGGGGUCUUUUUCUUAUAUAGGCUCCUAUUACCCCCCCAGCCCCUGUCCCGAUUUUUCACAUUUGCUGUCUGGUCGCCCUAGGGGUGGCAGUCGGGGUCCCUGUUGAAGUGUCCAUCAUGGGGCUGUGGUGGGAACAGCUGGCUUCCACCCCUGGGUCAGGGCUGAUCCCCUCCAGCAGGGGUCAGCAGAAACCCCCCCAGCCUCUGCAAGUGUCCCUGUGUCCAGCCGGGGGCGCUGUCUGUAGUCGCUGGCCGGAGACGGCUUCCCAAUAAACGCUACCUGCCCCCCA